AUGACUGAGACGGAGUGUGAGAACUACUAUCGUCUUAAUGCAGCCAUGGUUGAGGUGUUCUACGAGCAGCUUAACUACGAGUUACUCCAAGAAUCUGAGGCAUAUGGACUUGUGAACCUUAUUGCCGAUUUUGGUGGACACCUUGGUUUAUGGCUGGGUUUUUCUGUGAUUACUGUGAUGGAGGUGAUAGUAUUGAUACUGGAUGUGAUAUCGAUUUGUUUCCGACGAAGGAAUGAAACUAUAGCGAAGAACGAAAGGCAAAAAAGUUCUAAAACAUAUCCGCCACUAUCCGGAGAUGAAAAGGCGAAGUCGCUCGUCCAAAUAUGA